CUUCACUGUUUAUCACGAUCGGCACAUUUCAGCGUUAUCGGCUUUCAUUUUUCUUUGCUCUUAUAAAGUGUAUAUGUACCGCUGUCUGCCGCUUUCCAGCAUCCGUAGACUCGUAGACUGCCGUAGAGGCGUAGAAUUAAUAUUCGACUCGUCGACUCGAACUGACCCGAACGUGCAUCGCUCAGAGUACGUCUGGAAAGUCACCGGCUAACAUAUAAUCGGCGGCCGAUAACGACCUGUUACAUAAAUCGCUAUCAACAGCGAGAGAGGUAAACACGAUUCCAGUGCGUUCCACCAGAACCAUCGCCCGGAAUUACAUCAGUGGUAGGAACACGUCUACUGUCAUCCAUGGCUGAGGCUCUGCAGACUCACGAAGUUAUUCCAGAUGUGGUGAAAACAGUACCCGCCAGCGUCCUGAAUGUAACCUAUCCCAAUAAUAUUAUCGUUCAGAUUGGCAAGGAGCUCACUCCAACUCAAGUCAAGGAUCAGCCUAAUGUUCAGUGGGAGGCAGACUCAAAUGCAUUUUAUACUUUGUGCAUGACCGAUCCUGACGCUCCAAGCAGAGCGGAUCCUAAAAACCGUGAAUGGCAUCACUGGUUAGUAGGCAACAUUCCCGGAUCGAGUGUGAGUAAAGGAGAUGUUCUGUCUGAAUACGUUGGUUCUGGACCUCCGAAGGAUUCGGGUCUCCACCGAUAUGUAUUCUUGUUGUACCAACAGCCUGGAAAGCUCACUUUCGACGAGAAGCGCUUGACCAAUCGAAGUGGUAACAAUCGUGCUAAGUUCUCCAUUAGUAAAUUUGCGGAGAAAUAUAAACUUGGCGAUCCAAUUGCCGGUAAUAUGUACCAGGCGGAAUAUGAUGAUUAUGUACCGAUUCUCUAUAAGCAGCUUUCAGGUUAAUUCUGUGCAUCAAUAAUAUAUAAUCAGUUACGAUAUGAUACACAUGUAUUAUACAUAAUGAUGUAUAUCCAAUUGUCUAUUGAAUAAAUACACAUGAAAUACUUUUCAA